AAGCCGGCUGCCAGCAGUCAGUCUGUAUCGAACGCUGAGUCAGGAAAGACGCUUUGUGCCGGUUCGAGUCCCGUCAGCGUGUGUGUUCUGUAGUGCGUCCGUUACGGUCGGUUGAUGUUGUUGUAGGUUCACCGGUGUAGUCCGUGGACUUUAAGGAUAACCCGUCGACGUUAUUUUGUUGUGUGUGCAAAUCCCUCGCUUGCGAAUCGUCUCUCGGUUGGUGGCACCAGGAGUAAAAAGGAUAAGCAAAUUGUGUGUGUGUGUUGGCUGAACUGAACUGUGUACGGUGGAAUUCCGGGAAGAACGGAUCGAACACGCCACUGCUGGAGUGUGCUACAACGACCGUGGAAGGUAUUAAUUAAACGAGCAAACCUGGGCCGGAGCGGUGCUUUCUUGGAAAACAUUGUCAUAACACCACCGCCGCCACCGUGGUCAUCUUCCAGCAGCAGUUGGUACCGACUAGUUCUGGAGUGGACGUUCUACGGCGAAGACCUGUAACAACAACACUGUUGCAGCUGAUACGUGAGAAGAUCUCAACUUUGGGGGUCGUAGAGCUCGUGAUUCAUUAGAUCAAACGUUUCGCAAACGCUCGUUUGUGGAAGUACUUGGAACUGGUCAAGCGUUAGCUGCAAGCGGACGACCGGAGUUGUCAUAAAUGUUCGCUCGGUCGGAACGGAGGUAGAAACGGUGAAGAGAGAGGUCGGAAUCUUUAUGAGGUCCCUUGGGUGUGUGUGAAUAAGUGAUAUUAUUUUUUAAUAGCUAGUUGUUAAAACAGAACAAGAAGAAGGCAAAAAAACGAAACAAAGUGCAGCUUGAUCAUCGACUCUAGUCGGUCGGCAUCUCUCAGCGAACUAGUUUUUUUUUCACUCUUUAUUUUAUAAUUAAAUCGUCUCGCACAGUAUCUCGCGCGACUUGUUUCAACCGGGUGAGUGUGUGUGUCGAAGGGCUAAAUUACCGAGAAAUACUGAAAAAUGCUUGCGCGCGAGUUCUAGAGUUGCGCGCGAUCACCGCUGAAUUGGCGCGCAAUUUCCGAGGACCAAACCCGAUUGGGGUUCAGCGAGCAAUACCGAGAAGUUUGGCGCGGCACUUUGGAGCGGCGACGACGGAAGUGUGACCCAAACGGAAUAAGUAAUUAAGCACCGUGUUCCGAAACUGGCGACGAGGUGUGUGUUUGUGUGUCGGAAAGUGCAACGACGCCCAACAAGACGGUGAAGAAAACGUGUGAAGAUGUUCCGGGCAUAGUUUCCGAAGAAACGGCUUAUUUGAUUAAUUUAUAAACGUGUUAGUGCUGUCGCCGUCGUCACCCACGUGUGUACCGAUUCAAUUAACGGUCGGCGGUUUGACGCUCCGUUUCGAGUGCCUGUGUGUUAUCAUUAGCAUAACGAUUAUCGCGCCGCCGCUCACCUUAAACAAUACCGCGCGCGAGUACAAACAUCAACAGCCCUUUUUCACGGUGGGUGGCAUUUGGGGCACGAUGGUGUCGUCACAUGAAAGCGGCCUGACCGCCAGUGCCGCGGUCAUCAGCUGGCUCUUGCUGGUGGCCACGAACGUCCGGGCUGAGGACCACUGCAGCGAGAACCGCUACAACAGCUCGCUCGGCACGGAGCACCUGCAGUUCACGAAGGAGGUCCCGGACAGGGAGUACGCCAUUCUUGGGCAGUUCAAGAGUUUGCACUGCUGCGCCAAGGGAUACCGGAGCAUUGAGUGGUUCAAAAACGGUCAGCCGUACCCGUGGGGUGGUGAAAUUUCGUCGCUGAUUGUGUACCCGGAGGCGGCCAACCAGACCAUCUACACGCACCGGAUCUCGGAGAAGGACAUCGGCAACUACACGUGCGUGCUGCGGAACGACACCAGCGCCAUACGGCACGACAUCGAGCUGCAGCUGCAAGAAGACAAACCGGACUACCCGCUGCCGACGUUCAAGCCGAAAGAUAUGAUCAUCGACCUGGGCGAGACGGCGCGCUUCUACUGCGAGGCGUUCGUGGGAAAGCUGGACCUGCCGGAUGCGACCAAUAAAAUCGUGUGGAUGCAGCUGUUCGACGACAAACCAGCGGCAACGGUCACGGACGCCAGCCAGCUCAAUGUGACGAGAGAGGACGGUCAGAUCAUCGGUUCGUACCUGUCGAUCCCGAAGAUCCAGCAGCAUCACUACGGCCGCUACCGGUGCCAAAUCACGUCCGGCAAUCUGGACCGGCCGUUGGAUCUGAGUGUGCUGCUUUCGCCCACCCAGGUGACCGCCGUCGAGGAGAGCGAGUUUGACGCGCUGGCCCUCAUCAUCAUCGCCUCGGUAGCGGCCCUGCUCGCGCUAGUGCUGUUUGUCCUGUGUCGGAGCGAUCUGCGCAAGGAUCACCACCUGGACCACAACCGCUGUUCGGCGCAGUUUAUCGCCGACAACGAGGGGGUGUAAGGAAACGAGGGCUCAAUCAAUCUCUCCAUCCAUAUUUCAUUAAUUUGAACGCAAAUCAAACAAAACAAACAAAAACAUCCUAUUUAUUUGUACCAACACCCCAUAGCUAUAAGCUACGACUGUAAUUUAUUCGUUCUUUUAAUCCUCAGUACUAUUUAGAUGAAAACGGUGAUUUUAACAGUUUCGGCAGAAAAACAAGCACGCAUUAUUGUAAAUAUAUCUCAUUAGCACGGUGUUCUGGAAAUAAGAGAUCAGGAAUAAAUGGAAAAAUGCUGUCUGUGAUAGUCUACCACUGAAAAACACGAAAUCGGUUGCAGAAAAUUUAGAUGAAACUGGCCACAACCUGGCCCCAAAGUUUGGACAGUAUGGAAAUCACAUUAAAAAAAAUUUCAUACCGAGAAUGACAUUCGAUAAGUUGUCGAAAUUUUUGGGAAUGUUCUUUGUCUUUUUGGUCAUGUCAAUGACGAAAUAAGGUGCACCUUUUUUAUGAUUUUAUAACUAUUUUGAAAUAUUCCUUUUUUAUGACGAGCCGUAAUGGCGUUUGGUUUUAAAUACGAUUAAAGGAGCUAUUAGAGUAUGGAAAACAAACAAACUCGCACUUUUUGUGUUUGACAGUUUGUCAAACUCGCAAACAAAGCCAAAUCAAGCAAAACAAUGUAAAUGUGCCUAAGCCGAAGUGUAAACAAAGAGUCUGUCCUGCUUACGUCAGUGGAUGUUUACAUUAGGAACGAGCAGGACAAACUCUUUGUUUACACUUCGGCUUUGGCCCAUUUACAUUGUUUUGCUUGAAAUGUAUGCAGACUGAAAUUUCUGCAAACAAAUGACUGCCCAACUUUCAAAAAGUAGGUUUGCUUGCUUGCCAUAGUCUAAUAGCUCCUUAAAUGAGCAAUCUGCAAUAUUUUUCUGGGAUUUUCUCUUAGCUGACGGUACUUGAGUAAUAUCUUGGCUGAAAUAUUGGUAAAAAUAAAUGGUCAAAAGAGGGCGCUACAACAGGUGUGUCAAAUUGUGGCUUAAUCUAAAGAAUCAUUUGUGGAUAACAAUGUCACGGACAGCUACUUCAUAUAUCCUAUCCUGCAUUUCAGAACACCAAAAUUAGUAGUCCAAAGGGAAACCGUUUUUUUUUUAUAGAACUCUGUUAAGCUGUUAUCAAAACGAUUUGGUUUUCUCAUCGACAAAAAUUAAGGGUAGAACCCCACACACUCACACACGGGGUGGUGGUGCGUGGGAAAAGCCAUUUAUGAGACUGACUUUUUGUGAUUUUGAAGCGGAUCUACUUUUUCUGUCAACGCAGCUCAGCACUUCGGCAAACUUUUUUUGAAUGAUUUGAUGAAGAUAGGAAGAAGAACAAAGCACCACCGCGAGAAGACACACUAGAGGGGUGAGUUAAACAAUCACCGCAGAGCUUAGUUUUCUACGCAAUCAACGUUAUAUACAAUCUGUGUAAAACUACUGGUAAAACACGUCAAACGUCAAUCAAAUGUAACGAUAAUCGAGCGAAAAUCAACGUUGGCUUUCCUAAAACAAUUUUGUACCGAAACGUAAUGCUACUAUUUAACCAUUUGAACGUUGGAAUAAAAUGAAUAAAAUAUUUAGCUAAAAGCAAUAACAACUGGAAGAAACAUGGCUACUUCCGGUAUUUGUGUGUAAUUAAAGCAUAUGAGUGUGUAAAACAAGUAAAUUAUUCGAUUUCUGUAAAUUAAACGCAAAAACAAAAGAAAAAUUGAGCUACCAGUGAGUGAACGGCACAAAUUGGUUAUCGCUCCAACCAACCAAUCAACGUGUGCAGGACGACAUUCCUCUCGAAGUCCAACUCCAAGUUGGGGCUCGAUGUGAUUGUAGUUUUUAGUUUAAUCCUCGUGAGAACGGCAAAACAAUAACAAACAACCUUUUUUCUGUGUCAUACGAAGAAAAAUAGAUAUCAACUAAGCAAACAUAAAAUAAUAAUACAAACUCUCAAAACUGUACGCAAUCGUCAGACAGGAUCGGUUUUGCGUGCAGUCAAAGUAAUGUUUUGCCACUCUCUCAUUAUUUGUUAAGUGGAUAAGUUGUUGUAUCAUAGUACGGUAGAAAUGAAAAUUAAUAAAUUAUUGUAAUAAAAUAAUUCAAAUUAUAA